AUGAUUUGUCAACAUCAUCGCAGGAAAACUGUAUGCAUAAUUUGUGUUGGUGGCAGUAUUUGUAUUCAUUUCAAGCGAAGAACGUUAUGCAGACUGUGUGGUGGUGGAAGUAUUUGUCUUCAUCAACGACGUCGUUCAAGAUGUACAGAAUUAUCACCUGUUCGUCGUGUUUGUGAGCAUGCAAGACGAAAGUCUACUUGCAAACUAUGCGGUGGGAUCAGCCUGUGUGAACAUGGAAGGCUGCGGACAAUUUGCAAAGACUGCCAUGGUGGAAGUAUCUGUGAGCAUUACAGGAGGAGAACCCAAUGCAAACAUUGUGGAGGUGGAAGUAUAUGA